CCGCGUAUAAAUACGCGGAAUACAUUAUCUAUUGGCAGAGAAAUAUUGAUUUAUAAACAGUGCGCGCCAAUAUGCUCCGGAUUUAUCUAAUAAUUUUUUUGGUAGCGUCUGUGCAAUGUAUGGACGGCUCGUGUCCGCCCACAUUGCCUGUCGCGGUGUGCGACGCUGCAUGCGGGCCGCAGCGACCCUGUGAGCCAACACAACUUUGCUGCCCCACUGAAUGCGGUGGCUCCAUCUGUGUAGACCCAAUGACUAAACGACACUUCGUUAAUUACGUAAAGGAAGGAAAAUGUCCGGAGCAGCCGCGAGGCACGUGGUCUUGUAGCCACACGUGCACGACUGACGCAGACUGUCCGCGCGCGCUCAAGUGCUGCGUUAAUAGAUGUGGCGCCCUUACCUGCAAGAUGCCCUCCUUUCCUAACGUGCCUCUAGCGACAUAAAUUAUAUCAUAAAUAUCAUCAUCAUCAUCAUUAGCAUGUGUCAGUCUAUUGGAUAUUGGCCUCCCUAUGACUUUCUACUGCGAUCCAUCGUAACCCUACUCAGUUUCCUGCGUUAUCAUGAGGUCAUCUGAGGAGUGGUGAGGAAAGCGGCUCAAGCUUUUGUUUCUC